AGUUGUAGCGCGGAGGUGAGUGUCAUUUUAUGUCUAGAAAUGUGAAUUCGAUUCCUCACUCUAGGAUUAGGUCUACUUUCGAUUUAUUGGAGGAAAAGCAUAGAAUUAUUGAUUUUUAUACUCCUUUUGUUUAGUUGUAAUAUAAAAAUCCUCUUCAACUGCUAUUUAGAACUUUUAGGUCACUAUUUCCAGCAGAAGUCCAUAUAGAUCUAUUUACGAUAGUAUAGAGCUUUCAUUGUACUUCUCAUCCACCUCACAGUCAUGUGUGGACUUGGACUGAUGCAUUCGGUGGGCUGCCUGAUCCUAUUUGCUUUGAGUACUGGUAGAGUGUUCGGCGAGAACGAUGCUGCGAACAAGACAGUGUGCUAUGAUGAGCUGGGCUGUUUUCCAACAUCAGAUCCGUGGUCAUCAGUAUUUCGACCGGCUUUCCCGGCUCCGGAGUCACCAGAGGAAAUUGGAUUCACUCUGACCUUCUUCACCAGAAAUACUGGACGGUCCAUUCUAGACGGUCAUACUCUGGGUUUCUGGCCGGAAAUCAAGUUCAAUGACACCGACUUUGACGUGACUCGGCCCAAGACCUAUUUCAUCACUCAUGGAUUCUUCGCUUCUGGCAACAGCACUUGGAUGUCAGAGAUGAAGGACGCUCUCCUCAAAAAGGAAGAUGCGAAUGUUUUCAUUGUGGAUUGGGGGAAAGGUGCUUCCACCAUCAAUUAUUUCCAAGCAGCAUCAAACACAAGAGUUGUAGGAGCUGAGAUAGCUAGAUUCAUUGAUUACGCGAAGAAGAAAUACAAAAUGGACCCAGGCAGAAUUCAUCUGAUUGGUCACAGCUUGGGUGCACAUAUUUCAUCUUAUGCAGCCAAGAGAGUGCCAGGAAUUGGGCGGGUUACAGGCUUGGACCCGGCUCAACCUGGCUUUGAGGGUACACCGAAAGAAGUUCGAUUGGAUAAGUCAGAUGCACAAUUUGUGGACGUUUUCCAUACCAACAUUCGACCAGUUCUACCAACAUUGGGAUUUGGAAUGAUUUCAGCUGUCGGACAUGUUGAUAUCUAUUUCAAUGGUGGUCUCGAUCAGCCGGAAUGCUUGGUUCCUAAAAAUGUGCCUAUUGCGUCUCUGGCGGAUAUUGCUAAAAUAAAAUUCAGAGUUCUGUCGCAUUACAUCAGCUGUUCUCACACAAAGGCCUACCAGUACUUCACAGCAACGAUAAACAGCGAUUGUAAUAUCUGGGCUAGGAGAGCUGGUACAUUACGGUCUCUUGUCAAUGCUGUGACGUUUGGGAAUAUUGAGCCGAUUACUGCCUCGGUGCUGAAAUGCUCGAAAAAAGCGUGCACUGCAUCAGGCUUUCUUGCUCCGCUGUUUGCAGCAAGAGGGGUUUUCGCCGCUAAUACACUGAGCGGAUCUCCAUUUUGUGAUACCAAUCCCGAUCUGGACAAGAGGAUUCUGAAUGAAAUAGGAUUGGAAGGAGAGAAUGAUGAAGAAACUGAAACUGAAUCAUCUACAGACAAAGAAUCAUCAAAAUCAACGACAUCUAAGAUCCCUCAGGUGUUCAAAACUAUCAAAAGUGAUGCGAUAGAUAAGCCUGCUGAUACUUUAUUAUCAAAAACUAAGUCAAUUGCUUCAAAACUUCCAUUUGUAUGAAUACCUCAAUCUCAGGUAUCUUUAGUACCUACUUAGAAUAGGAUAGACUGGAAUAUAUAAUAUGAUUUUCAUAGAAUAUUGCAAAGCUGGAUUUAGCAAUAUAUAAAAUAGUCUCCAAACGUUGUAAUGUGAAACUCUAUUUGGCUAUCCUAAGAAUGAAAUUCGAUUGAAGGUACCGGUACAAACCAUGAGAAGAAUUUACCAAACAUUCAUCUCUAUAUUCUCGAAGUUUUUUGUUUGAUUAAUAUUUUUGAUCAACCCGUGAAUCAAAUAAACUAGUGCUCUUUGGAUAUGGAGUCUAGACUAUGCACAUUGUUUGGCUUCACACAAAAACGGAUAUGAAAUUAUAUUUUACAUCCUGAUCUAUUAACGUAUUGUAAGUCUAUAAUUUUGAACAAAUAGGGUAUACAAUACUAUUUGAAAGCAAAUACCGUAGGUACGCAUUUUUGUAUUAGCAAGUUAUUCUUAUUUCAUCAUCAGCGUGCCAUAGGCCAAUAAGCUUAGUAUUAUAAUCCUCUUUCAAAAGUUUUUGUACUUGCAUAAUAUAUUUUAUCUAAUAAAGUUGUUAUUUUUUCGACAAAA